UUGAGUGUGAUGGAGGAUUCCAAAUUAUUUGCAAAAGAUUAAAGAAUACAAAUCAAUAAACUGCACCCAAUAAAUUGUGUAAACAGUUAGAAGAGAGCGAGAGUGACGAAGUUUUACUUGUCUCGAAGCCCUUUGACUUCAGACAUGUCUGACGAAGAUUCUCCUCUGGAGGAGGACGAAACCGAGUUCCAGGUAUACGUAGAGUUCGAUGGAACAGCUCGUAGUGAUGUUUUCUCCAAAGAAAAUCUCCAGUUGGACAUGAUUGGGCUGGAUAUGGAGCACCCAGUGAUGAGAGUGAAUGAUCGAUAUUACGAAGGGACGUAUGAGGAUGCUGUUGGAACCUACAUGUUCUUUGAGAAGGACAAAAAUCCAGUGAUCGAUGACCCAGUGUUUGACGUACCACCAAAGUUAAAAUAUUCCACGAAGACGAGAAAAAUCCUGAAGAUGAAGAGAAUAUUCGUGAAACCCAGACUGGACGUUAUGGAGGAUUCGAGUGACUCUCCUUCUGUUCCGAAUUUGGAUACUCUUAGAGAGGUUGGGGUUCCACCGAAUUACCAGGAAGACGCUCUCAAUCUCUGGAAAGAGCUACAAGACGUGCGUUUGGAGGCUUUGAACGAGUACCUGGAGAAGCAGAAAGUUCGAGAGGAGAAGAGACAGAAGGGGAUUGAACUAGAUUCGGAAUCCGACGAGGAGAGUCCGUUCGCCCUGUACAAGACAAAAAAAGAUCGUAGAGAGGAGGCACCUGUCACUGAGAAAGAAUCAACAGUGACUGAUCCAGGUCCUAUCCCCAAGGAAGACAAUCCCCCAGGCGAUUCUGAAUCCAAUGACAACCCUGAACCGCAGAAAUCCUCUUCGCAAAUUAAAAACCAAGGAUAUCUCCAGGUUUAUACGAGCCUGAGGGCCAAGAGGAAAGUGAAGAAGAAGAGAGACAGUAACAACGAAUCUGACGCGAAGGAAGAUGGAGAUGAGCAGAUGCCGGUAAGUGAGUCAGAACCUCAUGACGAUGAUCAGCCGGAGAGCUCUGAAGGAAUUCCUGAAGAGCUCAAGAGGGAGGACGAAGGAUCUCCUCGCGAAUCUGAAACUGAAGCGAUUCCUCAGACCUCAGAAGUUAAGCUACAACGUGAGGAUAUUGAAUAUGUGUCUGAUAAGAAAGCGGAUAAAGAGAUGAAACGACAGGCGAAGAUUCGAGAGAUUUCUGAGAGGCUGAAGAGAACAGCCGAUGGAGUUAAAUCGAAAACGAACCCGUAGAGGAUCGAUUUUCAUCUGAGGGAAUUCAACUGGUGAUUAUUAAUCUAAGGACUGCAUUACUGUUUAAAAACAAAGAUAACUACGUAAGCAGUAUCCUUUUCCAGAGAAUAUAUUUCCUAAAAGUGUUUGUUCACUGCAUUAAAUCAAGAUUCAGGGAGU